AGCAGCGACCGACAGUUCCUCCCCUCACUUCCUCUCUCCUCCACUUCCUUCUCAAUACCCUGACUUUAGAAUUCAAGAAGGGAGCUGGACCCAGAUAUUCCAGGAAUUCUGACCACCAUGGAAGCACAGUACCUCUGCAAUCCCUGGACCACCCACGGAAUUGGAAACAAAGGUCCUGGAUAUCCAGAACUGAGACUUGUCUUACUGGGUAAGACCGGAGCAGGAAAAAGUGCAACAGGAAACAGCAUCCUGGGAAGGACUGUGUUUCAUUCAAGUACUUCAGCAAAAUCCAUCACCAAGUCCUGCGAAAAAGGGAGCCUGAAUUGGAAGGAGAGAAAAAUUGUUGUUGUGGAUACUCCUGGCAUUUUCGAUACUGAGGUACCUGAUGCCAUCACCAAGAAGGAGAUUGCUCGCUGCCUCCUGCUGACUUCCCCAGGUCCUCAUGCUCUGAUCCUGGUGGUCCCACUGAAAUGUUACACCAAAGAGGAGCAGAUGGCCACAGAGAAGAUCCUGGAAAUGUUUGAUGAUAGAGCUCUGAGACACAUGAUUCUCUUAUUCACCUGGAAAGAUGAGUUGGGUAACCUAGAUUUCUCAGAGUACUUAGAGAACGCUCCAGUCCUUCAAGAACUGAUAGCUAAACUGGGCAAUGGCUAUUGUCUGUUCAACAACAGGGCAACAGGAGCUGAGCAGGAGGCCCAGAGGGCACAGUUGGUCACUCUGGUUGAGCAGGUGAUGACAGAGAAUAAGGGAACAUGCUACACUAAUAAGUAUUAUCAAUUGGUUGAGCGGGAAAUUCAAAAACAAACCCACAUGAUACAAGAACAUUACAGAGAAGAACUGGAGAAAGAGAAAGCCCAGAUAAGAGAGGAGUAUAGAAAGAAAAUGAGAAAUCUGGAGGAUAAUCUAGAAAAGCAAGCGAGCUGGGAGAAAAUGGAGGUAGCUUUGGUAGAAAGGGAGUCUGUGUAUGCUAUGAAGCAAGAAAAUGCUAGAGAACAAGUGGAGAAAAAUACGUAUAAGAUCAUUGAAUUCCUCACAGAGUUACUUAAACUAACUUCCUUAGUUCUUACACAAGUGUUUAAAGACAAAACAAAAUGAAAAUCUGUCUCUGUUUCUUGCACAUUCCCUGACUGCCUGCUCCAUAUGACUCACUCGCUCAAAGGCAGUGCACUCUCUUUUUACUGAUGAUCUUAGGACUACGGAGUCAACCAGUUGACUGUGGGCACUUGGCAAGAGACCAAUGUAUGAGGCAGGGGGCAGACAUAUUCUAGAUUUGUAUUCAUCAUCUCCACCUUGUGACUUCUUUCUCCGAAACGUAGAGAAAGACCAUGUAGAGAGCCAACCAAGGUGACCCAGGAUUUGUCUUUUUAACACUUAUAAAAUUUCUCCUUUAGACACUUAUUCCACCACCCCCAGUCUUGCCCUUAUUUGCUUUUGCCUUUGGCACCUCAGUGAUGACCUUCCCAAAUGGAUCUUUGAAAUGAUGACGUCUCUGAAUUAGGUGAUCUUAGAAAUGGAGAUGUUCCUACUGUAGAUGAAUUCACUGUAGAUGACCGUAGGUUUAUUUUAUUCACAGUUGUAGAACUUCUCCAAUUGUUCCUUAUUAUUACCCAUUCUAAACAAAGAUCUUUCUAGAAAGUGACCUCUCAAAACACUUCUAAACUCAAAUGCCAGGAAAAGUAAAUGUGACUGGAGGAAAGAGACAGGGGGAGGGGUGAGGUCAAUAGCAAGAGAGCAGUGCAGAAGUUUAUUAUGUGUAUUCUGUAGAAACUUGGUGACUAACCUCUACAUUAUCAAUUUGCUUAAUAGCUUGCAGUCUCUUUUGGAUGUGAUUCUGUUACCACCCCACCUCCAGCACCCCACACCCUGGUUAUUACUGCUUGAGCAUUUAUCUGUACACUAUUGCCAGACUUAACUGAAUUUCUUUAUUGUUAUAAUAAACUUUUCUGUUCUCUCAUA